AGAUGUACAAGGCGUGGGACGUGGAGGUGUGCCCAUUGCUGGUACGGCCGGAUAUUGUGUUGGUUGUUUAAACAUUCCAGGGUACGCACAACCUUACGAGCAAAACAAUUUCGAAUAUCCUAAUUCUUUUGCAAAACCACUUAAAGUUCUAAUUGACGCAAGCAAUGGCGCUUCCGAUUAUGGCAACAAGUUUGGUGAGCCUGUAAUUACCGGGUUCGCAAUUUCUUAUGGUCUUCAAGAUUCUAAUGGUGAACGCCAAGAAUAUGUUAAACCUAUAAUGUUUAGUGGCGGAAUGGGCAUUAUGGAUUCAAGAAUGCGUCAAAAACAUCAUCCGGAAAGAGGAAUGUUGCUGGUGAAAAUAGGUGGACCAGUAUAUCGAAUCGGAGUUGGUGGAGGAGCUGCCAGCUCUGUAGAAGUACAAGGUUCAAGCGACUCUGCUUUCGAUUUUAAUGCGGUUCAACGAGGUGAUGCCGAAAUGGAGAACAAACUAAAUCGUGUUGUGCGCGCUUGCGUUGAAAUGGGAGACGAGAAUCCGAUCUUGGCAAUACACGACCAGGGUGCUGGAGGUAAUGGUAAUGUUUUAAAAGAAUUAGUGGAACCUGGUUUUGCUGGCGCCGUUAUAUUUUCCAAAGAAUUUCAGCUAGGCGAUCCUACAAUAAACGUCUUAGAGUUAUGGGGGGCAGAAUAUCAAGAAAACAAUGCGCUGCUCUGCAAACCUGAACGUCGUAAGUUACUGGAAGAAGUUUGCUUACGAGAGCGUUGCCCAAUCAGCUUCGUAGGCGUUGUUACUGGAAAUGGAAAAGUGACUUUGGUCGAAAGUGCAGCCCAAUUUGAACGGGCUCUGAAAUUGGUUAAUGACUUUAAUUCAUUGGGCGCCAUUCCAUUCGAUUUGGAGCUAAAGCAUGUGCUUGGGGAAAUGCCAAAACGAGAAUAUAAAUUGGAGCGUAUUCAAAAAAGGCUGAAGCCGUUAUUGUUAAAUCGAAAUUUCGAUAAAGACUAUUGCUUGAAGUGUGUUUUACGCCAACUGUCGGUUGGGAGCAAACGUUUUCUUACCAACAAGGUUGACCGGUGUGUUACAGGUCUUGUAGCGCAGCAACAGUGCGUAGGGCCUUUACAGAUACCCUUAGCUGACUACGGUUUGACUGCAGUUUCGUACUUUGGUAAUGAAGGUAUUGCAACUUCGAUUGGCACGCAGCCUAUAAAAGGUCUUUUAAGCUCAGCUGCUAUGGCGCGUAUGUGCGUAGCUGAGGCACUUUCCAAUUUAGUGUUUGUAAAAAUUACCGAGUUGGCGGACGUAAAAUGCUCAGGAAACUGGAUGUGGGCAGCGAAAUUGCCGGGAGAGGGCGCCCGAUUAUAUGACGCAUGCAAGGAAAUGUGUGACAUUAUGAAAGAAUUGCGCAUAGCAAUCGAUGGAGGAAAGGACUCACUUUCUAUGGCUGCGAAAAUCCGCGACAAAACUGUAAAAUCGCCAGGCACUCUCGUUAUUUCGACGUACGCACCUUGUCCAGAUAUUACCGUGAAAGUCACACCGGAUUUAAAGGGCCCCGCGAUAUCUCAGCAAACGGCACUUGUUUGGGUAAAUAUCGAAGGCAAGUUUCGUUUGGGAGGAUCUGCACUAGCUCAAGCGUACUCUCAGCAGGGCGACGAGUGUCCGACAGUGUUACGAAGUGAUAUUCUGGAGAAAGCAUUUGUUACUACUCAAAAUUUAUUGCAACAACGAAAAAUCCUUGCUGGCCACGAUAUCAGUGAUGGUGGUCUCUUAAUAUGCCUAUUGGAAAUGUCAUUUGGGGGUUUGAGUGGAAUUCAAGUUGAUUUAAGCAAUAUAAUGGAUCAGUUGAAGGAUGCCCACAUCGAUAAAGCCGCAGAAGAUAUUGGUAAACCAGAAUUAGCUAUCUUAUAUGCUGAAGAGUGUGGCUGGGUUAUUGAAGUACCAAUGAGCAUACUACCUGAAGUGCAAGCCUCAUACAAUUAUAGUGGCGUACCUAACUACCAUUUAGGAGUAACAUCUGGCCAUGGUCUAAAAUCUACUAUUAGCAUAAAAAAUCAUUCCGACAUCAUACUUCAAAGCGAUGUGCAAACACUGUUGAAACAAUGGGAAAGAACCAGCUUUGAAAUAGAAAAGUUGCAAGCUAAUCCAGAUUGUGCCCUAGAAGAAUAUAACUCGCUGAAUUAUCGUUUCGCUCCACGUUACCACUGCAAUGUUGAUUUUAAUGUGGAACUGACUGUGUAUCGGCCAACGAAGGUUGUAACGGUUGCUGUAAUACGCGAAGAAGGUGUCAAUAGCGACCGAGAAAUGAUGGCAUCCUUGAUAAAAGCUAACUUCGAAGUUCAUGAUGUAACUAUGUCAGACUUGCUAAGUGGAAAAACGAAUUUGGAUCGAUACCGUGGCAUAGUGUUUCCGGGAGGCUUUAGUUACGCUGAUACUCUGGGAUCUGGUAAAGGCUGGGCCGCAAAUAUUAUGUUCAGUAAUUUGCUUAGACCUCAGUUUCACGCAUUCAAACGACGACAUGAUACCUUCUCGUUGGGAGUGUGCAAUGGAUGUCAGCUUAUGGGUUUAAUUGGAUGGGUAGGACUUGCCGACCCAUCUAAUACGCAAUUUAUUGAUGUGCCAGACGUUGCCUUACUACAUAAUAAAUCUGAACGUUUUGAAUGUCGAUGGAUUACCACACUUGUUGAGGAUAGUAAUGCAAUGAUGCUAAACAAACUGAAAGGUUCCGUUUUGGGUUGUUGGAUAUCACACGGAGAGGGAAGAUUUUCAUUCCGUAGUAACGAUGUUCUAAAUUCCUUAAAAUCAAAGCGAUGCGUUGCAAUACGAUAUGCCAAUGACAAAGGCGAAGCAACAGAAUUAUAUCCAAUGAAUCCAAAUGGAAGCAUUGAUGGCAUAGCUGGUCUGUGCUCCGAGGACGGGCGUCACUUGGCAUUAAUGCCGCAUCCCGAACGUUGCAGUUCCAUGUUCCAAUGGCCAUAUGUUCCAGCUGACUUUAAAGUAAAUUCUAUGGAAAGCCCAUGGCAGAUAAUGUUUAGCACUGCAUAUGAAUGGUGUACUAAAUCUUAGAAUUUAUCAUUCCUAAAAACUAAUGGCCUUAUUCUAAAAAAAUUAAAUAGAUUUUUAGCUAUAUAAAGUGACAUUUUCAUACAAAUUUUCAAUUUAUAAAGCAGUUAAAGUCUUCUUUAUUUUUUAUGAAUUUGGGUGUUAGUGUUCGAAGAAAACAAGUUAAGAAACACUAUAUUUACUUCUGCUUUGCAGUUUAAGGAAUACUUAAUAUGUUACUCCUUUUUAAUAACGAUACAUGUACCAAAUUACAUAAAUAUAAAUAUGAAAAUAUAAAAAAGUUUUAUUUGAUUCAUCUUGCUGAAGUUUAUCCACUUUUCUACAUAUGCGCAUAUAUCAAUGCUUAUUUUAAAUCAAAAGAAAAAAAUUUCUUGCAGAAAUAUAUUUUUUUUUGUAAUUUAAUUAUAUUCCAAAAUUUGUAUUUGUGUAAAAAAGAUAAAAAUAAAUCAUUCAGCCAAAUCUAAGCAUAAAAUUAAUCUGGUAUGAUAAAGGAACUUAUCUGAGUUGUAAGAGAAUGCAGUCAUUUGCGAAUAAUUAGUCACUAUUCAGACACAAUUUUGGUGACUAAUUAUUCAUUUUUAAAGUCUUUUUUUUGUUAACCAUUUGCAAUAAUUUGAAUAAAGUCUCUUUUCUAAGUCAAUUGAA